AUGAUAAAAAUGAAAGUAGUUUUGAAUAGUAAGAUCCUUUUUAGAAUAUCAAAAAUCUUUCAAAUCCUAAAACUUAAUCAUAAAAAUCUAUAAUAAAUAAGAAAUAAAAAAGUCAACCAAUAUUUGAAAAAUCAAUUGAAUUAGUACCAUAUUUGUUAUCACCUACGUAACCAAUUCUACGAUCGCCAAAUCACACCCUAAACACUUUAUAAGAAAACAAAAAAAAUUAAUAGAAUAUAUAUAACUUAAAUACUAACAAAUUAGCUAUAAUUAAGUUAGAUGAAUAAAAUAUUCAUAAAAGCAACGAGUUUAAUUAAAUUCUAUAAAAGUUCUAAGUAAUCAAAAAUAAAAAUAUUUCUUCAAAAAUUAAAAAAUAUCUUUUUAGUUUCAGAUAUAAAAAAGCAAAAUAAAUCACAGAUCAUUUUAGUUUAAAACAAUUCCAAGAUAUUCAAACCUAAAUUGAUGAAUAGCUUGAUAUUUUUAGAAUUUACAAGGAUAUUUUAUUUUUGA